GGGGGCGGGGCGUUGUCAGGAAGUACACGUGUGUUUGUACAAUCCCGGAAAGGGAGCGUAGUGGUGCCUGUAGAUGUCGGCGACGAUGACAGCGACCAUGGCUGGGCCGGGAGUGGAAGAGCGCGACCCCGAGUGGGAGUCUCUUCUGUUUAGUGAACUCCGUGACCUGUUAGGAGAAGAUGAGCUACAGCUAGAUGUGGAGAAUGACACUUAUGAAAACAACCUUUGUGACCUUGACUUCGAUUUGGAUCUGAUGCCUUGGAAUUUGGACCCCUGGAAUAAUAUAAAGCAGAUCCCCACAGAUGUGGACUGGAAAGUGGAGCCGCUCUCGCCAGUCCCUUCAACAUGUUCCAUUCCUUCUCCUUUAUCUGUGGAUUCUCCAGGGCAGGAUGUGCCGGAAGCGGUAGACCUGGGAUCCAAUCCUCAUCCAUCUCCUGUUUCAUUAUAUGAAAAAUGUUCCUCCCAAAAUCUCUCUUCACCUGUAGAACAGAAAGAGAAGAAGCUCCCGUCCAGAACAAUUCACCGCUCAGCUAACGGAUCUUCAGCAACGCCCAGCCGGUUCAGUUUGACAGCUUCCAAACCUUCCAUUCAACCUAAGCUUCUCUUGCCUGCCUUCCGGGAAGCUCAGCCCAGCCUCGGCAUCCAGGCAAAAACCAUCGUCCUCCCAGCGCUGCCAACACUGCUGACACUGCCAAAGCAGCCGCCUGUUGUUGCGAUUCAGCCAGCCCCACAGAAAGGUCCGCCAGUUGUGCUUUCACAGCCCACUGUGGUUCAGCUCCAGGCUCCGGGCAUCCUUCCUGCCACUAGCCCGGUCAUCACGGUCACUGGUGGAGUCGCCUCGCUGCCUGGUCACCCUGUCAGUGUCUUACCAUGUGCUGUGGGGAAUAACUUGGCCUGUAGAAACCCAGCAGAAGUUCAUUCGGUGGCUCUGAAUUCAAACACAGAUGCGAACGUCCUGAGACGGCAACAGCGCAUGAUCAAAAACCGAGAGUCGGCCUGCGAGUCACGCAAGAAGAAGAAAGAAUACCUGCUGAGCUUGGAGGAGAGGCUGAAUGCCGCCUUGCAGGAGAACGAUCGCCUUCGGCGAGAGAACGGCACCUUGAAGAGGCAGUUGGAUGGCUUGGCUGAGGAGAACAUCAACCUCAAAGCUUCCCCUCCAAAGAGAAGAGCUCUCUGUGUGAUGGUGCUGCUAGCCUUCAUAAUGCUGAAUUACGACAGACUAAGUGUGUUGGAGUGGGGCCUCAACUCGGCUGAGCCUCAGGCCGGGCCUUCCCCCCAAAGCAGGCGUCUUCUGGAAUUCUCAGCAAGUUUACCUCAAGAAACGGGUGGUGGGAACAGUGAUGGCUAUUCGGUUUCGGAUAACAAAGCAUUGAUGGUAGUGACGGAGGAACCGAUCAUCUACAUUUCCCCUCCUCCACCAUGCCAGCCGUCAAUCAACCGCACAGAGUCGCUCAGGUUAAGUCAUGAGCUGCGAGGCUGGGUCCACAGACACGAAGUGGAGAGGACGAGAUCAAGGAGGGUGUCCAAUAGCCAGCAGCAGAAAGCUCCUGCCAUUCAGAAUCCUUUGGAACAAAAUGCAAACUCUGAGCUGAUGGCUAUUCCCUAUACAGACACCAGCAUUGACAAGAACUCUGGGAAUGAGCUGCAAGUUUAUUAUGCCUCCCCACGGAAUUAUCAAGACUUCUUUGAUGCACUUCACAGAAGGGGAGAUACAUUUUACGUGGUAUCAUUCCGUAGGGAUCACCUGUUGCUGCCAGCUACAACCCAUAACAAGACCAGGCGCCCCAAGAUGUCAAUAGUGUUGCCAGCAAUAAACAUCAGUGAGAAAAUAAUUAAUGGCCAAGACUACGAAGUCAUGAUGCAGAUCGACUGCGAAGUGAUGGACACGAGAAUUUUGCACAUCAAGAGCUCCUCCAUCCCUCCUUACCUGCGAGACCAGCAGAGGAACCAAACAGCCUCCUUCUACAACACUCCUGCCACUGUCCCAGAAGCAGCCCCUGCAGUUAGAACCAUUGUGGAAUCGCCACAGUAGAAGGCCCAAGUUGGACGGUGCCCCAGAGUGACAAACUUGCUUCUGUUAACCCUUUGUUGGCUUGGUUAUGGCAGCUUCUGGACUCAGACAAGGGUUUGCUUGUGACAGUCAACUUGAGAUCCUUCAAUGUACCCUAGCUCAGCCCUUCUAAACAGCCUUCUUCUGCUGUUAUUAGUUUCUUAAUAAUUUAUGUUCCUCUUCAGUGUGUGGAGUUCUUUUCAAUCCUUCCUCAGUCUUAAGCCUGUGGGGAAGCCCCUCAUUUUUUUCAUUGCAAGAAUGGGCAAAAGCAGUCUAAGUGGUUCUUGUGUAUCUAAAUUUUUUUUAAAAAAAAUUAAAAAUUAAAAUUAUAGCCUCCCCAAAUGCUCUUGGCUAGAUCACUGACUUGCAGAGUCUACUUCACAAUUUAAUUUAACCUUUGAACUAGUGACCCAUCAAAAGGAGCCUUCCUAGGCAAGCAGUUCAUCGCACACCAUGUGCCCACUUGUGCGUUUCCUGCACACGAUCCAGGAUGUUUGCCCAUUUCCUAGAUUUUUAAUAUAGGAUUCCUGAGAACAUGCACAUCACACACAUAUCCCUAGCCACCUGGGACAGAUGUUUGGAGUUUGCUUAAGUAGUUAACAACAACCACCACCACAAAGCCUUUAUUGGCAUAUAGGACCAUACAGGCAGGAUACAAAAAAACACCAAAUUUAAAUCAGUCCCUAAAGAAAAUAAUAACGGAGAAUCUCUUAAUAACAGAGUGACCCAACAAAAUUAAGAAGAACAGAGCUAUCCUUUGGGGCGUAUAAUUUGGCCACAAUGUUUGGAGUACUAGCCAGAUAAGUAUGAUGGGUAUUUAUGAGAGGGGGCAAGUGACAGUCACUGGGGAGGGGUUCUUGUGUUUCUGCUCUUAUCCCCAGCUUGCAAAGAGGAAGCUGAAAGAAACUGGCUGAAGGAAAUGUAGAAAUGUCAGUUUCUCCAGAGGCUACUAGGUUUUGGCUGCAGCUGGGCGCACUGGUGCCUGGACCAAAGGAAAGUUUGGCCAGGCUGAUCGGUUUCAGCUCCCCAGAUGUGUUGUUUCCCCCUUAUCAUCCAGCUUUUUUUAAGGGUAGAGGACAACAGUGUCUCUUCUCUCCUCCUUCACAUGACACGCAAACUGGAAACCGUGUUCUGUUGCAUUUAAAUGAGAACAUGGAAGGCUAUCCUGCAAAUGUUGACAUGUGGUAAGAACAUUCCCAGAAGUGAUAGUCAGGGUGAGCCCAGAAACUAAUCCCUGUAAUGGCCUGAGAGUUUGUAAGCAGGAAUAAAAACAAAAGAAUACA